AUGAACCUAACAUGUAAUUCGACGCUGGAGCAUAUGCGAAUCGGGUCCGAGGAGAGGAUCGUUGGACCCUUGACCUUCCACGAGCUCGCCCUCAUCAUUGCCGGCGCUGCUACCCUGGUCGCCUACGUCGUCAGCUUCUUCUUGAUGUGGCAGCACGCCCUCAACUACACCAAGCCGCGCGAACAGAGACAUAUCAUCCGCAUCCUGUUCAUGAUCCCGGUCUAUGCCACCUCGGCCUUCCUCUGCAUAUACUAUUACUGGCACGCCAUCUACUUCCAGGUCCUAAGCGAAUGCUAUGAGGCGUUUGCCAUAGCCUCCUUCUUUGCCCUCAUGUGCCACUACAUAGCACCUGACCUGCACGACCAGAAGAAUUACUUCCGGCAUAUGCGCCCUAUCAAACCGUGGGUGUGGCCGAUCAACUGGUUCGCCAAAUGCUGCGGCGCCCAGAGGGGGCCCUGGAGAACCCCCCAGAGCGGCCUGACCUGGUUUAAUAUUGUAUGGAUCGGCAUCUACCACUACUGCUUCAUCCGGGUUGCCAUGACCAUCACGGCCGUCGUGACGCAAUAUUUCGAGCGGUACUGCGAGAGCUCCAACAGCCCCGUCUUUGCUCAUAUAUGGGUCAUCGUGAUCGAGUGUAUAGCCGUCACUAUCGCCAUGUACUGCCUCAUCCAGUUCUACGUGCAGUUGCGCGAGCCGUUGGCUGAGCACAGGCCCUUCUUAAAGGUCCUCGCCAUCAAGCUCGUCAUCUUCCUGUCAUUCUGGCAGACGAUCGCCAUCUCCCUCGGUACAUCCACCCUCGGCAUCGUGAAUCCUACUCCCGCCCUUGCCUACCCCGACUUGAAGGUCGGCAUCCCCAGUUUGAUGCUCUGCGUUGAGAUGGCCAUUUUUGCCAUCCUGCAUAUAUGGGCGUUCCCCUACGCCCCGUAUGUCGAAGGCGCUAGAACUAGUUUCUACCCCGUCCCGGAUCCCUCGACGGGGAUGCCGCCCCGCGAGAACGAACACGGCCGGAAGCUGGGCGGCUUCAUGGGCCUGAAGGCAUUCGGAGACGCCCUUAACCCGUGGGAUAUCAUCAAAGCAAUUGGCCGCGGCCUGCGAUGGCUCUUUGUUGGGGCUAGGAACCGCCACCAAGAUUCCAGCUAUCAGGUCAAGGUGUCGGACGACGUGGACACCGGUUAUCCCAUGAAGACACUUGCCACCAACCGUGCCGGCGCCACGAGCACGGAUCAUUUACCAAUCGCCAACCAGUUCCGUCGGAGCGCAUUUGGACUUCCUAAAACGCCCGGAGAUCCGCUCCCCGAGGAGAGCGCGGGCUUGAUCACGUACGCCCAGUCCAACCCCGUCAGCCCAGGACGUCAGCCGUCCAGCCCAUACCAAGACGAUAGACAACAGCGUGGUGGCUCGCGGAACUCAGGGGAAUCUGUGCCCUACGACGACGUUCGGGGCGAUAUCGGGGCUGCAGCCUCGCACUACGACUACGGCAUGGACGAGGCGCCCGGAAGCCAAAGCGGAAGCACCGCGGGCUGGAGUCAACGUCAAGGUGAGGUGCAACCGGGCAAGAGAAGUUCGGCACAAGUCCAGAUGGGCAGGGCUUUGUGGGGUGACCGAAAUCCCCAGGGAGGCCUAAAGUAG